AUGGGCAAAAAGGGUGCAAGAGCCGAACAGAACUAUCCGAAGUUACCAUUCUUACUCUCUGCGGAUGAGAUCAUCAUUCACCUCGAGACAAGGCUCGAUUCAGGCUUGAGCUCUGCUCAAGUCCAGCAAUACCAACAGAAAUAUGGACCCAACAGGCUCGAAGGAGAUGGAGGUGUCUCCUGGUACGCCAUUCUGGGGAAGCAAAUCUCCAAUGCCAUGAUUCUAGUGUUGGUGCUCGCCAUGGCACUAUCGUACGGCGUGGAAGAUUUCGUUGAAGGGGCUGUCAUCACCGCGGUCAUCGUUCUCAACGUCGUCAUCGGCUUCUACCAGGAAUUCCAGGCCGAGAAGAAAAUGGACGCUCUGCGCUCGCUCUCCUCACCUUCGGCAGCCGUUAUUAGGGAUGGGAAUGAAAUGACCGUUCCAUCUGCGGAAGUGGUUCCCGGUGACAUCGUAUCAAUCAAGACAGGGGACACUGUUCCUGCUGACUUGCGGCUGUUCGAAGUCAUGAACCUCGAAUGUGACGAGGCCAUCUUGACGGGCGAAGCAUUGCCAGUUGCCAAAGAAGUCGAAUUUGAGGCAAAGCACGGCACUGCCAAAGAAGACCUGGGACUAGGCGAUCGGCUCAACAUUGCGUACUCCUCCUCUACAGUCACAAAGGGGCGGGGCCGCGGUGUAGUGGUCUACACUGGCAUGUCGACAGCCAUUGGGGGGAUAGCUGCCUCAAUGCAGGGUAAACGACGCAAGCCCAAUCGGUCCAUGUCGAGAAAGAAGUAUGGACCCAUGCAGCCCGUCAAGGGCGGUGCACUGCGUGUAUAUGACGGCGUCCGCAAGUUCCUGGGUCUGACUGGGGGCACGCCCCUGCAAAUCAAGCUCAGCAAACUAGCGUACGUCCUCUUCGGUUGCGCCAUUCUCCUUGCCAUCAUUGUGUUCGGCGUCAACCGAUUCAAUGUCACGAACGAGGUCGCUAUCUAUGCCAUUUCGACCGGAAUCGCCAUUAUCCCGGAAUCUCUGAUUGCAGUCCUCACCAUCACCAUGGUCGUUGGCAUGACGCAGAUGCGGAAACGGAAGGUUGUGAUUCGACAACUCAGUGCGCUCGAGGCCCUCGGUGGUGUUACCAACAUCUGCUCAGACAAAACUGGCACUCUUACCCAGGGAAAGAUGGUUACUCGAAAAGCAUUCAUUCCCGGUGUCGGCAUCUACAGCGUGGAAAAUUCAAACAACGCCUCUGACCCCACUGAAGGCACCAUCACUCUGGGAAAGGCGCCUAAGUCUCGGCAGGAAGUCGAAGCAGAAAGACUAGCAAGAGAAGAAGCCUUCGAUCGCAAACGUAGCACUGCCGGCAUCUCUUUCGAUUUACCGAGCGAGAAAGUGGUGCAGAAAGAUGCCGAAAAAGCGUCUGUGGAACAGGAUAAUAACGCCGUCAGACCGAAUCUGGAUGUCACGCCAGAACUCCAAGCGUUCCUAGAAUCUGCAGCUCUCUGCAACCUGGCCACUGUUCGUAAAGUCACCGAGGAUGGGCAAGAGAAGUGGAAAACAGCAGGCGAUCCGACAGAGAUUGCUCUACAAGUCUUCUCACACCGCUUCAACCACGGCAAGAAAACCCUCGAAGAAGAAAACGGUUGGACUCAGAAAAUGGAGUAUCCAUUUGACAGCUCUAUUAAGCGCAUGUCGGUCGUAUACACCAAGGCCGGUGAGGGCCACUCCAUUAUCUUUACCAAAGGCGCAGUCGAACGCAUCAUCGACCUGUGCACGGCCGUGGGUGUAGGUGAAAACGAACAAGCCAUGACCGCUUCAGUGAAGGAAGGCAUCUUGGAACAGAUGACGUUCCUCGCCGAGCAAGGCCUGCGCGUGCUAGCCAUCGCAAGGAAAUUCACGACAAUGGAAAUCGCUGAACACUCGGACGUUGACCGGAGUCUUGUUGAGAAGGAUCUCUGCCUGCUCGGUCUCGCUGGUUUAUAUGAUCCACCUCGCCUUGAGACCAAAACCGCCGUGCAGGCCUGCACUACCGCCGGGAUCACCGUGUCCAUGCUGACAGGCGACCACCCAUCGACAGCGACUGCAAUCGCAAAGGAAGUCGGCAUCAUUCCAAGGAACAUGGGGAGCCUCCCAGCUGACGUGGCCGCUGCAAUUGUCAAAACCGCCACGGAAUUCGACAGGAUGAGCGACUCAGAAAUUGACGCCCUCCCCACUCUGCCUCUGGUCGUUGCCCGCUGCGCGCCCGAGACCAAAGUACGCAUGAUCGAGGCGCUGCACCGUCGGAACAAAUUUGCAGCCAUGACAGGGGACGGGGUGAAUGAUUCGCCAUCUCUCAAGCUCGCCGACGUAGGGAUCGCCAUGGGUCUCAACGGCAGCGACGUGGCGAAAUCAGCGUCCGACAUUGUUCUCACAGACGACAACUUCGCGUCCAUCGUCAACGCCGUGGAGGAAGGACGCCGGAUGUUCGACAACAUCCAGCGCUUCGUCCUACACCUGCUCACGUCCAACGUCGGCGAAGUCAUCCUCCUCAUCUGCGGCCUGGGAUUCCAGGACGACACCGGCUUCUCCGUGUUUCCCUUAUCCCCCUUGCAAAUUUUGUGGAUCAACAUGCUCACAUCCUCGUUCCCGGCGUUCGGGCUCGGACGAGAAAAGGCAUCGCCGGACGUCAUGGAGCGGCCUCCGCACGACAACAAAAAGGGUGUCUUCACCUGGGAGCUGAUAACGGACAUGCUUGUGUACGGGACCAUUCAAGGGACGUGCUGCCUCAUGACGUUCGUCUUCAUCGUCUACGGGCCCGGCCCCGACGGGCUGGGGCGGGACUGCAACCGUAAGUAUAACGACACGUGCGACGUCGUCUUCCGGGCCCGCGCAGCCGUCUUCGCCGAGCUGACUUGGCUGAUCCUCAUCUCGGCGUGGGAAUUCAAGGCCCUGCGCAGGAGCAUGUUCCGCAUUAACCCGCACGACCCGCGCACCUUCCCCUUCUUCCAGGACAUCUGGGAGAACCAGUUCCUCUUCUGGUCCGUGGUCAUCGGCGCGCUCUCGGUGUUCCCCGCCGUCUACAUCCCCGGCCUGAACACGUCAGUGUUCAAACACAAGGGGAUCAGCUGGGAAUGGGCCCCUGCCAUCGUCUGCGUGUUCGUCUUCGUGAGCGGGAUGGAGGCCUGGAAGUACGUCAAGCGCGCCGCCAGGUGGUUCGAAGAAGAAGAGACCGAGGGCAUGAAAGUCAGACGCCACGCCCACGGCCAUGCUGCGAGCGCCGCGCUGUCUCUGAGACAGGGCUUCUUCACCAUGACGAGGAGCUUUACCAGGAGUAAGUCUGAAGAGAAGCAGAGGACGAUGGCGACAACGAGGCGGGAGCUGAGCGACUGGAAUACAAGCGGGAGACCACGGGUGUUGCCAAAAGUCAGAGAGGAUGUUUGA